AGAAAAAAAAGGUCACAUUUUAUAUGAGAUCUUAAUUAAUUUUUUUUUUUUCACAGAAUUAUUUUUGUACAUUUUUCUUACAACCAUGGUGCUGGGGAAGGUGAAGGGUUUUACAGUAAGCUACGACUGUCUCAAUGACAGCAAUGUCCCUGUGUUCUCCAGCGGGGAUUCCGUCUCAGGAAGGGUGGUCAUCGAGGCCACGGGAGACAUCAGAGUGAAAUCUCUCAAAAUCCACGCCAAAGGGUUUGCAAAAGUUCGAUGGACUGAAUCUAGAAACGCCGGAUCCAAUACUGCCUACACACAGAAUUUCACCGAAGAAGUGGAAUACUUAAAUCAUAAAGACAUCUUAAUUGGACAUGAAAGAGAUGAUGAUAACUCCGAAGAAAGUCUCACCACUAUUCAUUCAGGAAGACACGAGUAUGCAUUUAGUUUUGAGCUUCCACAAACGCCACUGGCUACCUCCUUUGAAGGCAAAAAUGGCAGUGUGCGCUACUGGGUGAAAGCUGAACUUCACAGGCCCUGGCUUCUGCCAGUGAAAGUGAAGAAGGAAUUUACAGUCUUUGAGCACAUUGACAUCAACACUCCUUCGUUGCUGUCACCCCAGGCAGGCACAAAAGAGAAGACUCUUUGUUGCUGGUUCUGCACCUCAGGUCCCAUCUCCUUAAGUGCCAAAAUUGAAAGAAAGGGCUACACCCUCGGGGAAUCCAUUCAGAUCUUUGCUGAAAUUGAGAAUUGCUCCUCCCGCGUGGUAGUGCCAAAGGCAGCCAUUUACCAAACACAGACUUUCUAUGCCAAAGGGAAAAUGAAGGAAGUCAAACAACUCAUAGCCAAUCUGCGUGGGGAGUCCUUGUCCGCUGGCAAAACAGAGACGUGGAGUGGCAAAAUGCUGAAAAUCCCUCCAGUGUCUCCCUCCAUUCUGGACUGCAGCAUAAUCAGAGUGGAAUAUUCACUAAUGGUAUAUGUGGAUAUUCCUGGAGCAAUGAACCUGCUCCUGAAUUUGCCUCUGGUCAUCGGUACGAUACCCCUGCACCCUUUCGGCAGUCGCACCUCCAGUGUGAGCAGUCAGUGCAGCAUGAACAUGAAUUGGCUGAGUAUGGCACUUCCGGAAAGACCCGAAGCACCACCAAGCUAUGCAGAAAUUGCCACAGAAGAACAGAGACAGAACAGCAUGGCACCCCCUGCUGCACGGGAUGACUUUGAGCGGGCACUCGAGGGACCACUAUUUGCAUAUAUCCAAGAGUUCCGCUUUCAACCACCGCCCCUCUAUUCAGAGAUUGACCCAAAUCCAGAUCAAGUAAACGGCAUUGAAGAAGGGAGACCAGAUUCUUGCCCAUCUCGCUGAAGGAAACCCGGACCCACCCUGAGUUUACUUGAGGAUUUUUAUACUAGCGUCCUGCUCUGUUUCAAACAGAGAAAAUGUGACGAGAAGUCCACUACGAGCAGAGGAAACUGUCGGACACUUUCCUGCCGAGUGGUGGACUGACAUUAGACAACCUGUGAUAAUCAUGAAGCCAACGGCCUAAGUACACAAGAGACUGCUCUGCCUGCCUAGAAAACAUAGCUUUCCAUAACCAUGGCACGUACGUAGCUCUGUAGAGAGCAGGUUCUGUAGAAAAACAAAACAAACAAAAACAAGCGUUUCCUACAUGGCGUUAAGCAGCAUUUUACUUCAGAGGGAAGAUUUGUUUUUGUUGUUGUUAUUUUGUCCUCCUGCCUCUUUUGGAAGUUUGCGCAUAUUGCCUAGUGCUUGUGUUGCGUGGCUCUUUUUUAAAAUCAUGAAAAAAAAAAAACUUUUUUUUUUCCUCAUUUUAUGCUGGACUAGAGAAUGCAGACUUUACUUAAUCUGCACAACUAUGAACAAUGCAGAGUACAGCAUUAAAAAAAAGAAAAGAAACUGAAAUGAAGAAUGCAAUGACUUUUAGUUCUUAUUAAGAAAUGUAGCCUGGACUGUACCGGUGUUGGACCUGCUCAGUGCUGUCCUCUCGGGCUGAUACUGCAUCACCUUUUUAGCUUGGAUCCAAUCCUGGCUUGGUUUUCAAAUGUCAAAUGCCUUUAGCCCAUUUUUGUUUUGCUGUAUGUGUGUUCCUCAGCCUCCUGUAGUAGAACAGCAACAGAUCACAAACCGAGUUACAAACACAACAAGCUGAUAUUCCACGGAAUACUAGUGAGGGGCAUUUUGAAGACUCUUCAGAUUGAGCGUUUGUUGCCUUUCUACUAUAACCACAGAGCAGCGUUGUUACAUACUGCCUAAAACACUCACUCUCAGGUGAACGUCUCACUUGCCAAACAGUUGUUUUUUUCUUUUUCUUUUAAUUGCACUGUUGAAGAUAGUAAACCUAAUAAUGUGGGAUACAAACCAAGAUAUGAGGCAGUUUUAAAAGACAAAUAAGAUUCCCUUUUUGUCCUGCCGAGCUUGCAGAAUCCACCCAUACCAAAUGUUUUCCAGUCCUAUGAAGCCAAAAAAAAGAUAGAAAGAUACAGACUAUUACAGCAACCAGUUAGGCACAGAGGCCAAAGAGGUCUGGUUUGCUGUAUGGCUGUAACGCUGUUAAACCUUCAAGCAAGUUAGAACAGGCCGACAUGUUCUAGACUGUUUAAAUGCAUUAUAUUAAAGAAAGAUGAAGCAAAUGGAAGUCUGUUGAUGAUUUUAUUUCUUUUUAAAGGUUGAAGGACUGGGAAAACAUUU